AUGGCUUCUACAUUACAAUUUUUUCUUUGCUUGGGGUUGGCGGCCCUGUGCCUUGCAAAUCCAGAAAAUAACAUCCGCUGGUGUGUGAAAUCCGAGGCUGAGCUGAAAAAAUGUAGAGAUGUGAGCCAAACCUGUGGAAGUGAUCAUGCAACCCUAAGCUGUGUUUCCAAAGGCAGCACUGAAGACUGCUUCAAAGCAAUUUCCGAAGACCUGGCGGAUGCAAUUUGUUUGGAUAGUGGAGACAUUUACAGAGGUUCCUUGAACCCUUAUAAUUUGGUACCAGUUGCUGCUGAAAACUAUGGCACAGUGAAAGAUCCAGAUACAUGUUACUAUUCAGUGGCUCUGGUAAAAGAGUCAAGUAAUUUCAUGUUUAAGGACCUUAAAGGCAAGAGGACUUGUCACACUGGAUUCGGAAGGGCAGCAGGUUGGACUGCUCCAAUUGGAACUCUCAUCUCACAGAACAUGUUUCAAUGGGGUGGACCUGAGAUCAAGCCUGUUACGAGAGCCUUUGCAGAAUUCGUUUCUGCUGCCUGUGUUCCUGGAGCCAACGAUCCAAUCUUGUGUAAGCAGUGUGCAGGAAAGCAAGAUAAAAAGUGCAAAGCAUCUGAAAAUGAGCCAUAUUAUGGCUAUUCUGGAGCCUGCUUAUGUCUGAAAGAGGAUAAAGGUGACGUGGCAUUUGUGAAACAUAUUUUACAAGCAGCUGAAUUCCAUAAUGGUUAUGAACUGCUGUGCCUGGACAAUACUAGGAAGCCAGUUGAAAAGUACAAGGAAUGUUUCUGGACAAGAAUUCCGGCUCAUGCUGUGGUUACUGUGAACAGGGAAGAGAAAAUCAGAUCUGUCACUCAGUUCCUUGAGGAAGCUCAGAAAAAAACAGAAUGCAAACUGUUCAGUUCUCCUCAUGGAAGGGAUUUGAUGUUCAAAGACUCUGCAAUUAGCCUCACUACUCUUCCAAAAGCAAUGAACUCCUUCCUGUAUCUGGGAAGAGGAUUUACAAAUGCCAAUAGAGCCCUGAGUAAUGGUAUUGCAGAGAUGGAGCCUCCAUCAGAGAAUUCAAUCCGCUGGUGCACACAAAGCACAGAGGAGAAGAAAAAGUGUGACAAAUGGAGUGUUGCAAGCGAAGGAAGCAUUGAAUGCGUUGAAGCUUCUAAUGCAGAAGAAUGCAUUACAAAAGUUUUGCAAGGUGUAGCUGAUGCUGUCGGUCUUGAUGGUGGAUACCUGUAUACAGCAGGGGCAUGUGGAUUAGUCCCAGCAAUGCAGGAAAUUUAUGAUGUUCCUAAAUAUCAAAAUAUUAAUGUCUCGUUUGAUCUCCAUCAAGGCAUAUACUAUGCUGUUGCUGUCGUAAAAAAUAAGGACAAAGACAUCACAUUAAAAAAUCUACGAGAUCUGAAGACUUGCCACACAGGUUAUGGACGCACCGCUGGCUAUAUUAUCCCUCUUGGUUUCAUUCAGAAGGAAACUGGAGUUUGUGAUUUGUCAACCUUCUUCAAGGAGAGCUGUAUUCCUGGAGCUGAUGUUAAUUCUAACCUCUGCAAGCUAUGCGCUGGAAAUGAUAAAUCAAAAUGCCUUCCAAAUAGCAGAGAGCCAUAUCAUGGUUAUGAAGGUGCCCUCAGGCAUAUUCUGUUUUGCUUCAGAUGUCUCAUUGAGAAAGGACAAGUAGCUUUUGUGAAGCACACCACUGUUGACGAACUCAUUGAAAGUGACAAAUCUCCAGCAUGGGCUAAAGAUACGAAGAAAGAUGAUUUGAAACUAUUGUGUCCAGAUGGCUCCCGCAAAUCUGUCUCUGAGUAUGCAAGCUGUCACCUCGCAGCAGUACCAGCUCAUGCUGUUAUCACCACCCAAAACAGAAAAGAAGUAGUUGUAAGAAUUGUCAAAGAGCAGCAGGAAAAAUUCGGAAGGAACGCAGGCCAAGACCCACAGUUUGAAAUGUUUGUCUCAGAAGGCAAAAAAGACCAACUAUUUAAGGAUUCUACACAAUGUCUGAAUGAGGUGAAAGAGGACAUUAUGAAUGACUAUCUGGGCAAACAAUAUUCUGAUGCUUUGGAGAAUACUAACAAAUGCGGAAAAUCAGGUAAAAGACUGCUGGAGGCCUGCACAUUCCACACAUGCAAGCUGCAGUGA